GGAGUCACCCGAGCCCGGCCCCUCGGUGCAGAAUCCAGCCCUGGUUAGGAGUGUCUUGGGCUAUCCCAGGUUCUUCGGCUGGAAGGAGUCCACUCUCAGGGAGCCACGGGCUGGGCUGAGAGGAGGGGGAGCUCGUCACGCUGGAGCUGGGAGGCCAAGCAGGACUGGAUCUGGCCGAAGCCCCAAAUCUGGGGCCCAAGUCUGGUCCUGGGAAGCCUGGCCUCUCCAGGCCUCUUGCCUUCUCCCUGUUGGCCAUUUGGCAUCUGAGUCUGGACCUAGCCUUGCCAGGACAUCUGGGGUCAUGGUGUGUUGUCCCUGGAGUCAGGGCGCUCACCAGGGCAGUGCAUUAAAGAGGAGCAGGGUCUCAUGGGCGGGGGGACAUGGGGAGGGUAACAGUAGUCUGACAGCGAGGGAACAGUGCAACCAGGGCCUGUGCUGGACCAGGCUCCGGGCUGUCACUGGAGCCAGAGUCCUGUUGAGUGGUCACGCCCUGACAAGGGCCUGUGGAGGGGCUGCUGAGCUCCUGGGCAGAGGCUGACAGUGAAGAGCACCCCAGGGUGGGGACUGUUGGGGAGGGCUCUUUGGGGUCUGGGAGCCAUCCCAGAACUGGUGGGUGACACUGCCUUCCUGUUAGGGGAACAGGCACAGAGGGGACCCCUGUGGGGAUGAGGGACACAGACAAGCUCAGAGGAAACCACCAAGGGGCUUUGAUAGGUCCAGGGACCCUGUGGAUCCCUCAGCUCAGUUCCCAUCAGCUGUGUCCCAGAAGGACCCCACUCUCCGUGGCGUGGCCCCAACGCCCUGAGCAGAACCCUCUGGAAUUUGGCUGUAGCAAGGGGAAGACAGAGCCAUCUGGAUCUUCUUAAGCUCUAGGUACCCUCACUUUCCCCUUCUGAGCCCACAGGGUCAUACAUACGUGUUUAUAAAACUUCCCACAGUAGUAUUACAGUAUUUUUUUUCCUAAAGAAGGCCUCUCCAAAUUGUUUAAGACCUGACCCACUCCUGUCAAGGGAGAUGGCAUGUGUGGGGCUAUGGCCUUGUGACCCAGAGUUCCUGCUGCUCACAACACCCACCACCCACCCCAGGAGGGGCCUCUUAACAGCAGUCAGGAGUGUGGGAGGGCCUCUGCCCCAUAGGGCCCAGGCUGUGAGGGCCUGUCGUGGGGUAAACACUAAUUAGGCCCCACCACACCCUCUUGGGCAGCUCUGGGGGUUGAGGAAGCCUGCAGAGGGGAGGGGACCUCAGACUGCUGUCCCAGGCCUGGACCGUGUGAACGGGGACUCGCAAGGACCUUCCUUCCAUGUGGGGGUCACAUCCCUCCAGCCCGCUGCCUCCAAGGCAGCCUCAUGCCCCCGCCACUCUUUGGCCCACCUGCUGGUUGCUCAGGGCCCCCUGCCAAGUGGCCCCUCCCUAGCAUAUCAGUGACAACAUGGAGGGAACAGAUGUUUACCAAGAGCUUGCAUGAUCCCACCAGUGACACGACCAGGAAGGCAUGGCUGUCCCCAUUUUAUAGAUGAGGAAACUGAGGCUCGGAUCGGGCUAGUGACUAAGAGAAGCAGCACGUGGCAUGUGGCUUGAGGCUUCUCUCUCCUUUCUGAGUAACCAGGGAGGCGGCCUGGCCCCCUAAGCCCGUGAUGCGUCAGGGAACGGUAGUGUGGCUUUCUGGGAAUUCCUGCUAGGGCCAGAAGCACCUCCUCAAGGGGUGGUGGGUCCUCCACCUACUCCUCCAGGACCUCCUGGGGGCACUGCCGACCUCAUGGGGCCUCCCCGCAAGGCCAGGCCCCAAGGUGCAGCAGGGGCCGGUUCCCUCAUGUGCCGCCUGUCCCAGCGCUGGGCCACCCACGCGCUCCCAUGAGUGAGAACCAGCUGACUGCCAGCUGGGGGUGACAAGGCCUCUGGUCAAUGGUGUGUCCUCCUUUGCCUUGGGCGACGCAUGGCUGGGGUCCCCCUACCUGUCCGAUGGAGGCAGCAAAUUCACUCUGCAGAGCCCAGGGCCUUGGGAAUAGGGAGGGGCUGGCCCCACUUCACUUGUGUUCCUGGCCUGAAGGGCUGCCCAGGUCCCCAGGCCCAGGGAACUCCCAGCGCUCUGACUAGGCCACCCUGGGGACCCGGGACAACAGGCUGGGAGUCCUAGGCCUUGUCUGAGUACACACCAGUGCCCAGGCUGUGGGGAGCUCCAGCCCAGGGGGCUGGCACAGCUGCUGUCCCAGUGCCCCUCAUCCCACAGGGAACUUGGGCCACUGGCCUGGGGGAGGCGCAUGGCCCGGACUGACCUCUCCGUCCAGCUUCAGCCCUGCUCCCUGGCCCUGCCCUCACAGGGUCCCAGGAUAGGAGGUGUGGGGGUCUCCUGCUGCCAGAGGGGCAGCGUCUGGGCCACAGCACUGGGGCGCCCCACCCAGCCUCUUCCUCCUGAGCCGUCUGUGCUGACUCAUCGCCAGAUGUCCCACUCAGCCGGGGCCCAGCCAGGCAUCAGAGGCAUCUAUAAAAGCACACUGGUGCUCGCCCCACCAUCCUGCUGGGCCACGACCUGCUGCCACACAAUGCUGGGAAGCCUGGGGAAGCUUGCCGCCGAGGGCCUGGCCCACCGCACAGAGAAGGCCACUGAGGAGGCUGCUCAUGUCGUGGAGGGAGUGGUGAAGGAGGUGGUGGAGCAUGCCAAGGAGGCUGGAGAGAAAGCCAUCGCCGAAGCCUUAAAGAAGGCCCAUGAGACAGGGGACAAAGUGGUGAAGGAAGUCACUGACACAGUGACCAACACAGUCACAAAUGCUGUCACCCACGCGGCGGAAGGCCUGGGGAAGCUGGGACAGUGAGCACCCCCACCACCACUGGCCUCUUCCUGAACCUCAAUAAAAAGCUGUGAAAUGUGUA